GCAUCAGCCUCCUCCUGCAACCUCUCCUCUUCCAACAAGCGAUCCAUGAUGAUCUCUCGAUCGUCCUGCUCCCUCUUCCUCCUCAAUGCCUCUUCGUCUAGCUCUGGUUCAGGUGCGGGUUCCGCGGCAGAGGCGAGUGGUGGGAAACCUGUUGGAAGCUCAGGAUUGGGAACGGGCUCGGCAAUGAUCGUAGCGCGUUCGUAGGUUUCGUGUGUCUCGGGAGGAUUGAGGACGGCUUGCUGGAAUUGUUGCCAUUCGAGGUCUAUGACGUCUGGCUGUUUGUGUUCGGCCGACUCGUCGUCUUCAAAGAUGUCGGCUUGUAACGGAGGAGCUUUGGUUGGAUCAGAGAAGAAAUCUGUUGGGAAGCCAGUCGCAGGAGGAGAUGCCUUGCGCUUCGCCUGGGCGUCCCUGGCGCGUUCCUCUUCCCUGAGUCGGGCAACAUUUGUCCGAUGGGAUUUGCUGCCCACAUGUCCGUUCCAAGCCUGCUUGACGAUGGUGGCACAGGCUAUGCACCUCAGCUGACCCGAGGAGGUAUAGGACGCUAGAGGAUGGACGACUCUGGCCUCUUGUCGCUUGGCCUUGAGGAGAGCACGUACGUCGGACAUGGCAGACUUUGGCCAACUAAUGCAGGACUAGUAAUUUGCGCUCGUGAGCUUAUUCGGUCGAGAAGCGGAAGUGCCAGGCGCGCGUGUUCUCCCGACACGCUGCACGUGACUUCUCUCGUCAUAAGGCGGGGUCGCAGCGGUCGACUUUUUGUCUGCCAGCAUUGCAGCUUUUCAGCUUUCAUCCGCCAUGUCUUCCUCCAUCCUCCGCUCAAUCGCAAGACAGUCCCGUUCUUCCGCCCUGGCUCGCUCUGCCCGCUUUGCCUCCACCGCCGCAAAGCAGCAGACUCUCAAGGAACGUCUUGCUGAGCUCAUACCUGCUGAAAUCGAAAAUGUCAAAGCCGUUCGUGCUGAGCAUGGCAAAAAAUCUUUUGGUCCCGUCCUCGUCGACCAGCUCUACGGUGGUAUGCGUGGUCUCCCUGCUUUGAUUUGGGACGGUUCUGUUCUCGACCCUGAUGAAGGCAUUCGCUUCCGUGGAAAGACCAUCCCUGAAAUCCAGGACCUGCUUCCCAAGGCUCCCGGUGGCUCAGAACCUCUCCCGGAGGGUCUUUUCUGGUUGCUCGUCACUGGUGAAGUCCCCACUCAGGCUCAGGUCGAGGCUUUGUCCAAGGAUUGGGCUGCUCGUGCUGCCAUCCCCGAGUUCGUCGAAGAGCUCCUUGACAGGUGCCCUCCCACUCUUCACCCCAUGAGUCAGUUCUCACUGGCUGUCACCGCCUUGAACCAUGAUUCCACCUUUGCAAAGGCAUACCAGCAGGGCGUCUCGAAGAAGGAGUACUGGGGUCCUGCCUUCGAGGACUGCAUGGACUUGAUUGCAAAAUUGCCCAACAUUGCUGGUCGUAUUUACCGCAAUGUUUACGGCCAGGGCAAGGUCCCCGCCAUCGACCCCACAAAGGACUACUCCUGGAACAUGGCCAACCUUCUUGGCUUCGCUGAGAAGAACGACUUUGUCGAGCUCCUCCGUCUCUACAUCACCAUUCACAGUGACCACGAGGGAGGCAAUGUCUCUGCUCACGCUGGUAAACUCGUCGGCUCUGCCCUCUCUGACCCCUUCCUCGCAUUUGCUGCCUCCUUGAACGGUCUCGCCGGCCCCUUGCACGGUCUUGCUAACCAAGAAGUCCUCCUCUGGUUGCGCAAGAUGCAGUCCAAGAUCGGCGAGAACGCAACUGACGAGGCUGUCAAGGAGUACGUCUGGUCUACUCUCAAGAAUGGUCAGGUCGUCCCUGGAUACGGUCAUGCCGUCUUGAGGAAGACCGAUCCUCGAUACUCUGCUCAGCGCGAGUUCGCAUUGAAGCACUUGCCCAAUGAUCCUCUCUUCAAGCUCGUAGCUCAAGUGUUCAACAUUGUUCCUGGUAUCUUGCUGGAGGCUGGCAAGGCCAAGAACCCCUGGCCCAAUGUCGACGCUCACUCUGGUGUUCUCUUGACUCACUAUGGUCUUGAUCAGAUGAACUUCUACACUGUUCUUUUCGGUGUCUCUCGUGCAUUCGGUGUCGCCGCUCAACUCAUUUGGGAUCGUGCUCUCGGUGCCCGUAUGUCUUCACCUUGGUCUCGUUCCUACUUGACACUGAUAUAUCAUGUCCGUAGCUCUCGAGCGACCCAAGUCGUACUCUACUGACGCGAUCAAGAAGAUCUUUGCGGGAAAAAACUAAGGCCUUUUAGUGCUCAGUGAGCCGCGCCAUAGACGAUUGUGUUUAUUCUAAUAGUACAUACUUGAGUUGUGUUUGUAACAACUUGCUAGUCUAUGGAUAUCAUUGUUUAUUCUUUGGAUUUCAAGGCCUUCGUAUGAUAACCACAUGCUGUGAAAUGUAUAAAAAUUAAAAUGGCUUCACUUUGAGUCUAUGUAGGUGUAUGCAAUAUGCAGGAAAGAACAAAAUGUGUAUAACUUU